UGGGGGCGGGCUCAGGACGCCCCGGCACGGCCUCCGGCGGGAGCCGGCGGAACCACUCUGCGCAGCCGCGUUUCCGGGCCGGGCCGCUCGAGGCGGGACGCGUGUCCGCCGCCGACCGCGCUCCCCGGCGCCGACAUGAAGUUCCGGGCCAAGAUCGUGGACGCGGGCUGCCUGAACCACUUCACCCGCGUCAGCAACAUGGUAGCCAAGCUGGCCAAGACGUGCGCGCUGCGCAUCAGCCCGGACAAGCUCAACUUCAUCCUGUCGGACAAGCUGGCGGGCGGCGGCGCGAGCCUGUGGUGCGAGCUGCAGCAGGAGGACUUCUUCAGCGAGUUUCAGAUGGAGGGCGUCUCCGCGGACAACAACGAGAUCUACCUGGAGCUGACGUCGGAAAACCUCGCCCGGGCCCUGAAGACGGCGCAGAACGCCCGGGCCCUGAAGGUCAAGCUCACCAACAGGCACUUCCCGUGCCUCACCGUCUCGGUGGAGCUGAUAUCCGUGUCAAGCAGCAGUCGCAUCGUGACGCACGACAUCCCCAUAAAGGUCAUCCCGAGGAGACUGUGGAGGGACUUCCGGGAGCCCUGCAUCCCAGAUUCCGACGUGAGCAUUUAUCUGCCUGUCCUGAAGACCAUGAGGAGUGUUGUGGAAAAGAUGAAAAACAUCAGCAACCACCUUGUUAUCGAGGCAAACCUCAAUGGAGAGCUGAACUUGAAAAUAGAAACCGAGCUUGUGUGCGUGACGACUCACUUUCGAGAUCUGGGGAACCCCCCGCUGGCCUCUGAAAACGCCUCUCAAGACAGAAGCCCGGACCAGAUGGCCGAAGUGCAGAUAGACAUCAGGAAGCUGCUGCAGCUCCUGGCGGGGCAGCAGAUAUUGUGCAUAACAGGAUUGUUCACUUUGAUCUGCUUCAUGAAGACGUCUCCCUCCAGUAUUUCAUCCCGGCCUUGUCCUAGCAGCGUCUCGCCUGGUGGGACGGGACCAGCGGGCGCAGAGACCUUUGUCCUGUCGGCGGAGGCCGUGCCUGGGAGUCCUGAGCCGUUCGUCUGUCCUCACCGUGCCGCAGAUCUCCCCGCGGUGCUUACUGGAGUGUUUUAACUUCAGAUGGAAUUAAUGACGAACAGUUGGAUAAACACUGCUUCGCGUUAUGCACGUCUGUCUGGUUUUGCCUUGAAGACAUCGAGAACGCUAGGGUUCAUCCAGACUUUAAGCAGCAGUUUCUGGUUGACGCCAUGGAGGAGUCAGAACUGGCAAGAGUGGUGCCAGCUCACCCGGGGCACCGGCACUGGCACAGGAGGCCCGCCUCCCAGUCACCUCCGGGCCGCAGCACGUGGCGCCUCCAUCUGAUGCAUGAAGACACAAGCCCACUCCCCUCCAGGUGCUUGGACAGCAGCCACGCAGGCCGCGCUCCCGCCCCUCGGCGUCUCCCUGAGGCAGUGUUGGCCUUGGGCUGUAGUAACUUAGCCGGCCCUCCCUCUGCGGUUGCGAGUGGCACAAGCACGCUUGUAAGUCAGCCCUGUCUGAGGGGAGACAGCCACACAAAGAGGACAGUGGGGCUGGGGGCUGUAUUGACGGGAUUCCAUUCAGUGAUGAGCCUGAGCCCCGGGGGACCCUGGCGGCGGCGCUGGAGACUGCAUCCAGACACGCGCUCUGCCACCUCUGGUCGCUGCUGGCAAGGGCGCCAUCACCAUGUGAGGCCCUGGGCCUGCACCUUCCGAACCAGGAGCCAUGAUCAACGUUGUUUCUAGAUGCUAGAGAGCUGGCUAGCACCCGUGGGGUGCCUCUUGUUCCCCUGGGAGGGAGCCCACCCGAGCCCACCCUGCUUCUCGUGCAGUGAAAUCCCAGCCGUCCUGUGUCACAGGCGUCAUCUCAGUGUCUCAGCACAAAGACCUAAGUUGCUCAUCAUUUGGUGAAGAAACGGAAAAUCAUCAAAAAUGAACAUUUCUCCCUUUGUUUCUUCUUUUUUGGUAAAACUAAUCUAUUUGAAUAACUUCAGAUGCUUCACAAUACUAGUUUGAAUGGGAUGCCGUAUCGUGUUGAAUAAUGUUUUAAAAUCAGA